AUGUCUUUGGCGCCAUGGAGGCUGCUCCGAGGCAAAACCGCCUGCAUCACAGGCGGCACUACCGGGAUCGGACGGGCCAUCACUCUCGAGUAUAUCCGGCAGGGUGCCAAUGUAGCAGUCAACCACUUAGGUCUUCCCAAAGAUGAACAUCAUAAGCAGAGCUUGCUGAGCGAGGCACAAGAGCUUAAGCGUCGCAGCACCGAGGAAGCACCUGUUGGGGAAAUACUGGAGAUUGCUGGUGAUACCACCAACCCGGAAACAGGCAAAGCGCUUGUGGGCGCCGCUGUGAAACGAUGGGGAAAACUCGAUGUCUUUGUCGCCAAUGCUGGGAUAUUCAAGGCAGCCGAGUUUCUUAGCCUAGACAAGCAGCUCUUCGACAGAACGGUCCAGGUCAAUGUGAACGGUGCCUUUUACUCCUGCCAAGCAGCGGCGCAGCAGAUGGUCAAGCAGGGCCAUGGUGGAGCCAUCAUUGGCAUUUCUUCCAUCAGCGCCUUGGUAGGAGGGGGCCUGCAGACUCACUACACGCCGACAAAAGCUGCUGUCUCGUCUAUGAUACAGUCCAUGGCGAUUGCGCUGGCAAAGGACAAGAUUAGAUGCAACGCCCUGCUCCCCGGAACUAUUCACACGCAGCUCGCAGAAGAUGAUAUGCAAAACGAGGUGAAACGGACCUAUCUUGAGCAGCGUAUUCCCAUGGGCCGUGUGGGAAAGCCGCAAGAUUUGGCGGGGCCUGCUGUCUUCUUAGCUUGCGAGGAACUGAGCGGAUAUAUGACCGGCUCACAGGUCCUAGUAGAUGGCGGUAUGUUUGUCCAUUUGCAGUAA